GCUUAACGUGUUUCGCUUGUUUUGAAAUUGGAAGUGUGCAGCGCUUCUGUGCGUCCGCUAAAGACAAACUGUUGCCUUACGUCCGCGCAUGAAGACACGGCGGGAAAUAGCCUUUUCAAACUGGGUUUGACAACUUUUCGCGUGGGAGGAAUAUGGAUGUUAUUCCCAUGUGUAGUAUUUUCCAGGAGCUACAGAGUGUCCUUGACACGGGAUACCUGUCCGCAGUACCGUCUCUAGAGGAGUAUUGGCAACAGACUUGUCUUGAGCUUGAGCGCUAUCUACAAAAUGAGCCCUAUGUCUCUGCAGCUGAUCUGAGAUCAGUAUGUGAGUCUGACAAUCUGUGGAACCAGUUUCUGCGCUGCUGUGAGACUGAACCGAACUCGUCCCCGCCGGAAGCUUCCAUCCCCAAGCAGGACGGGAUCGCUACGGCUUCCCAUUCACUAUUCAGCAGCUGUAAGAAGAUCAUUGCAUCUGCUAAAGUGCUCACACACACACUGGAUCACAGCGUAUCUGAGCAGCAGCAUGUAAUCACACACACGCCCCCGACGCCGCCCUCCUCACCCUCACUCCCUCUCAUGGAGGUUAAAGAAGAUGCAGAAGGGGCGAGAGGGGAUGAGGUCAAAGGUGAGGGGUCACCUGAAGGACGAAGGAGAGCUCAUCGCUGUUACUUCAACGGCUGCAGGAAGUUGUACACCAAGAGCUCUCACCUGAAAGCACAUCAACGCACACACACCGGAGAGAAGCCGUACAGGUGUUCGUGGGACGGCUGUGAGUGGCGUUUCGCUCGAAGUGAUGAACUGACGAGGCACUUCAGAAAACACACUGGAGCCAAACCCUUCAAAUGCAGCCACUGUGACAGGUGUUUUUCUCGUUCUGAUCAUCUGGCACUGCACAUGAAGCGACACAUCUGAAUGUAAAUCCCAAAGACCUGCACAGAAUCCCAAAGACCUGCACAGCUGGUUUUCUAUGUAUCCACUGAGUGUCAGUAUUGCAGAUUUUGCACCCUCUUGGUAAAUGUAUGCUUUCUGCUGAACAUGGGUAAUGUGCAUGCUUGUUCAAUUCAAGUUAUAGCAUAGCUAUAAAGGCAUUGAAAAUGCAAAAAGUCUGGUGCUGAAUGCAAGUUAACAUAUUUGCUGGCUUUGCCAAUUGCUGUGAAUAUAUACUGUAUGUCAUAAUCAUUUAAAAUCAUAUUUUGCAACAAAGCUAACUAACACUUUGCAUUAACACACUGAAAACACUCUGCGCAGCUAUUGUGUUUAUAUCUAGAGCAGCUAUGUGUCCAUAUAGUUUUAUAAGAAGGCAUAUUUUUGACAAAUAAAAGUGUUAAUUGCUGUUAAUUACACUCAAAUAAAAAAUAAAAAAAAUAAACUCACUGGGACAGUACCCCUUCAUAAGGUACUAAUAUGUACAUUUAAGGUACUAAUAUGUAGCAUUUAGGGGUAUAUAAGGUACAAAUGACCAGCUUAAUCCAGCAGUUACAGGUACAUUAGUCGUGCUGAUAUCACUUGUACUUGUAAAAAAAAAAAAAUAACUUUUUAACCACUAAAUUUAGCAUUAGUGCCUUAAAACCAUUCUCUUAAACUUAAUAAUGAGUAAUUUAUUCCCCCUUGGUCCGUUCGCAGUGGGGCCGCACCAGUUGCACCCCGCUAAGGACGGCCCUGGCUAUAAUUUUAUGAUUUUGAAAAAUGCAUCAGGAUAUUUUUACUGGUUUUCUGGUUACUGAGAGUAGAGUUUGACAUCAUGUUGGCUCAGAUGAAGCUCUUGCAUUUGUUGUCCAGAUGUUUAAAGCCCUGCAGAUGUUAAAGAGAUGAGGAUGUUCACUCAGGGAUUGAUAAUAUGAAAGCUGGUAAUGUCUAACUGGAAUUUGCAGUAUCUUUAGGGGAAUUUUAAAAUGUACUCCAAUAUUAUAAA